AUGUUUUGGAAGUUCGACCUGCAUUCUUCAUCUCACAUAGACACCCUCUUAGAGAGAGAUGAAGUGACACUAAAGGAGUUGAUGGAUGAGGAAGAUAUAUUGCAAGAAUGCAAGGCGCAGAAUCGUAAACUUGUGGAGUUUUUGUUAAAAUCUGAGUGCUUGGAAGACUUGGUGACCUAUAUUACAGAGGAGCCUCCCCAAGACAUGGAUGAGAAAAUUCGUUACAAAUACCCCAAUUUGUCUUGUGAGUUAUUAACCUCAGAUGUAUCUCAGAUAAACGACAGACUAGGAGAGGAUGAAUCUUUACUCAAGAGGCUCUAUAGCUUCCUUUUGAAUGACUCCCCAUUGAAUCCACUGCUCGCUAGUUUCUUCAGCAAAGUGUUAAGCAUUUUAAUCAGCAGGAAGCCAGAACAGAUUGUAGCGUUUUUAAAGAAAAAAGAUGACUUUGUCGACUUGAUAAUAAAACAUAUAGGUACCUCUGCAAUUAUGGAUUUGCUGCUAAGACUUCUCACAUGUAUUGAGCCACCACAGCUAAGGCAAGAUGUCCUGAAUUGGCUAAAUGAAGAGAAGAUUAUCCAGAGGCUUGUAGAGUUAGUGCACCCAUCUCAGGAUGAAGAUAGACAUUCUAAUGCAUCACAGUCCCUUUGUGAAAUUAUUCGUCUGAGCAGGGAUCAGUUGUUACAAGUGCAGAACAGCCCGGAACCAGACCCUCUGCUGGCCACGUUAGAAAAGCAAGAAAUUUUAGAGCAACUACUAUCAAAUAUAUUUUUGAAAGAGAAGAAUGAAUCUGCCAUUGUCAGUGCUAUCCAAAUAUUGCUUACUCUACUAGAAACCAGACGGCCAGCUUUUGAGGGUCAUAUUGACCUGUGUCCACCUGGUCUCAAUCACUCUGCAUUUUCAGUUAACAAAACUGUCUUGACUGCUAUUCAGGAAAAACUUCCGUCCUUUCACCAGCUACUCCUGGAUCCUCCAAAAACUGAUGUCAUGAAGACAACGUGGGGAGUCCUAGAUCCUCCUGUAGGAAAUACUCGGUUACACGUUAUCAGAUUGAUAGCAAGUUUACUGCAGACAAAUACGCACAGCAUUAAUAUAGAAUUAAUUGAGCUAAACACUAUAGGAGUUAUUCUGGAUAUGUUUUUCAAAUACACCUGGAAUAACUUCCUUCACACACAAGUUGAAAUCUGCAUUGCCUUGAUUCUUGCUAGUCCUGGAGACAGUACAGACAGCUUGAUCAGCGAACAGAACUCUGCAGGAGAGCAUAUCUUAUUAAGACAUCUUUUUUUGAAAUGCCACUUAAUAGACAGAAUACUUGAAGCAUGGGCCUUGAAUGAAAAAAGACAGUCUGAAGGAGGAGGGGAGAAGAUGUGGAUACAUGGGACACUUAACAAGAAUAGCAAACUGCAUAGUUCACAGCAUUGAGAAGGGGCCAAACAGUACACUAGCACAUCAGCUUAUUAAAGAAUUGCCAUCUGAAGCUCAGGAAAAAUGGGAGACUUUCUGCACAAGUUCCUUAGGUGAAACAAACAAGAGGAACACUGUAGAUCUAGUCACAACACGACAUAUCCACUCCUCCAGCGAUGAUGAGAUAGAGUUUAAAGAUCCAGGCUUCUCGCAAGAUUCUUCCAUACAGCAGUUUGGCUUCAACGAUGAGAAGUUUGCUGACCAAGAUGACCUUGGGAAUGUCUCAUUUGAUCGUGUCUCGGACAUUAACUUCACUCUCAACGCAAAUGAAAGCGCCAACAUCGCGUUGUUUGAAGCUUGCUGCAAAGAAAGGAUACAGCAGUUUGAUGAUGGCGGAUCAGAUGAGGAAGAUAUUUGGGAAGAGAAGAAUCUUGCAUUCACACAGGAUACUCAGAGAAGAUCCAGCUCAGGAAGCACAGACAGCGAAGAGAGUACAGAUUCUGAAGAAGAAGACUCUGUUAAACAGGGAUUAUUUGAAUCAAGCACAGUCAACCAAGAAGAUAAAAUGGAGGUGGAUGCUAAUGAAGCAAGCAACUGGCCAGCAAACUUUGAUAUCCCAAUGGAAACUGCACAUGUAGCCAGUUUAGAUUCAGUGGGAUCAGAUGUGUGGAGCACAGAAGAGCCAUUGUCUACAAAAGAAACAGGCUGGGCCUCAUUUGCUGAAUUCACAUCCUCGGUUAGCGCAAAGGACACAGCAAGAAGUAAUUCUCCAGUUGAAAUGGAAACCAGCACAGAGCCAAUGGAUCCUCUGAGUGUCAAUACCUCUGCACAAACUGAAAUUACUGUUGCAAUGGAUGCCAGCUCUGAUGGAGAAGAGGAAGUAGAAAACUCUGAUCAGAUGACGGAAACUGUGAUGAAUGGAAGCAUGAAGGAAACCCUCAGCCUUACCGUAGAUGCAAAAACAGAGACUGCAGUUUUUAAAAGAGUGUUGAAAUCCUAUUGUGAGGAAGGAAAACUGUCUACCUCUAAUGACCCAGCUUGUAAAUAUGUUGUGGAGAGCUUUGAUUCCUCUAUGGAAAACCCUCCAGUUUCUCAGCCAAACAGUAGCAACCAAGAACAGAAGACACCAGAGCAAAUUCUUCUAGACGGAGCUCCUGCAAAUGGCCCAGUAUGA